UCUCACCAUGUGACCCUACUACACAAACACAUAGAUGCAGAUACCCCCCACAGAUUUAUUUAUUGGGAUUUCAACCCAACACAAUAAUAUAUUGAAUUAAAAAUAAAUAAAUAAAAGUUGAUGAUUAUAAUGUACUAAUAUAUUUAUAUUGAAUUGAAUUCAUCAUAUUGUUGUUCUUCUUGUGCCUUUCUAACAUUCCCUCUGGCUCCUUCACAUACAUACAUGUCUUUAUAAAAAAACCUAUGCUACAUGCUUCUUCAUUUUGUUUGUCUACUUGACACACACAUUAAUUCAUACACACACAUUGCAUUGCAUUGUAUAUAUAAAUAAGAUCACAUUUCAUUUGUUGAGGCAAUUCCACUGUAGCUAGCUAGUUUUUUUUUUGGUUAUAGAGUUUAUCUCUUUUCUCUCAAAUAUGGCUCAAUUGCCACCAAAGGUUCCAAUUCCAAACAUGACACCAACUUGGCCUGAAUUUUCUUCUCACCAAAAAAUGCCUAACCUUAAAACCAUCUCACCAAGUAAUGCUUCAAACUUUUCCAACAAUCAACAAAACCCUUCAUGGGUGGACGAGUUUCUUGACUUCUCGUCCACCAGAAGAGGGGCACACAGGCGUUCGGCCAGUGACUCAGUGACCUUCAUAGAAGCAUCGAUGAUGGAGCAUUGUCGCCGUAGGGAUGGAGACAAUGAGUUUGAAAGGUUUGAUGAUGAACAAUUGAUGUCCAUGUUUAGUGUGGACGAGGUUUCAAGGAAUAAUACCAUGAUGCCACCACCAGCUACAUUGUCAUCUAACUCUAACCCUUCAACUCCUUCUGAUCAUAACAGCAUCAAUGAUGAGAAAGAGGAAGAUGAGGAGGAAAAGAUGCAACAGAAACAAUUGAAGCAUGAAUCUGAUGAGGAUGAAAUUGGUGAAUGCAAACAGGAAAAUGGAGGAGUUGUGAAUGAUGAAGAUGACAAUAAUGGAAAUACAACAACUUUUUCAAGUCCAAAAAUUACUGACCCCAAGAGGGUCAAAAGAAUCCUGGCAAAUAGACAAUCUGCACAAAGAUCAAGAGUGAGGAAACUGCAAUACAUAUCAGAGCUUGAGAGAAGUGUGACUUCAUUACAGGCUGAAGUAUCAGUGCUGUCACCACGGGUUGCAUAUUUGGAUCAUCAGAGGUUGCUUCUAAAUGUUGAUAACAGUGCUAUCAAGCAAAGAAUCGCAGCCCUAGCCCAAGACAAAAUCUUCAAAGAUGCUCAUCAAGAAGCAUUGAAGAGGGAGAUAGAGAGGCUGAGGCAAGUGUAUCACCAACAACAAAACAUCAAGAACAAUGCUACAGCAGCAGCAGUGUCACCAUCUCCAUCACCUAAACCACGAUGUGAUAAUGAUACUCACAUUGAAAAUGAACAUCUUAUCAAUGUUUGAGACAUGGCUAGUUCACAUGAUCCUAUGUUGUCUUUCUUGAUAUUUUUUUAUUUUUAGAAGGUGGAUAUUUUUAUUUUUGUUGGAAUAUCCCUAUUUCUUACUACUAAAAUUUGGAAGGAAGAAUAAUUAAGUAGAAAAAGAAAAGACAAAAAGUUGUAAUGUAAUGGUAAGAAAUUUUGAUGAAGGAUAAUGUGAUGGGAGAAUAUAAGUGGUAAGCUUUUGCUAUCAAACUGUGGUAGUCACGUGAUGUGUUUACUUUAUAUAAUGGGACCACUCAAAGUUGCAUGAUUGGAAUUCAGUGAAACACAUGUGCACCACUCAGUGACAUCAAUAUCAAAGAGAAGAAAUAAACAGUACUUGGUGGUGUUGGUGUCUCCUUUAACUAUAUGGGGUUUAUGUAAUGUAAUGUUGGAGAUUCUUUCGUUUUCUUUUUUUGUUAGUAUUUGUUGUUGUUGUCUUUGAUUCUUUUCAAUUAUUUUAAUUAUGUUGUUUUUCAAUUCAAGUUGGAAAACAAAACUAGUGGAGUUUUGUUGGGAUGGAUGAAAGGAAGGUGUGUAUGUCACUGAAAUCUUGCCUCCUAUGGGUUUUGAUUUGUUGUACUCUUUUUUUAAUUAUUGAUGUUUUCCAUGGAUAUGUAAUCUUCUUUAUUUUGA